AUGGUGCAAGUACCAAUAGCAGAUCCGCUUCGACCGUUAUCACUGAAUGGUCUUCAGUGCAUAUCACCUUACCAAUCAAAAACCACUGUAGCCCUGAGUACAGUAGGAGUGGGAGAGUCAAGGGGCCAACAGAUCAAUAGGAUAGUUUCGUUCACAGACGUGCUCAAACAAAAAAGGCCUGGUUAGCUGGAUUUUCGGACUCUAUUAAGGCAGACCAUUGAAAACCUUUAGACGAAGCAGCCUGUGCAUGCAGGCAUACUUGGUGGUGAGAUGGCGAAUGGUCUUGCAAGAACAGUCUGAUGAGAAAUCCUGGAGCUACAAACAAAUUAUCUAAAAACAGAAUUAAACCUAUAAUAGUAGAAGAAAACUCUUCCUAAUGUCAGUGCAUUAACGCAUCACCUGAAUGUUAUGGGUAUUAUGAUGGACUAAUUUGUGGGUGAUGAGGUGAUGAGGAGAUCACAUUUGAGGUUGCUUAAGCGUAGAGUAUCAUAAACAGACUGUAUUGGGGCUAGCAUGCUAAAGACAAAACUACGUGGCAUACUGUCAUAUUUGAUAAAUUCUUGUAUGAAUAAAGGAAUAUUCCCUUCAUGUUUAAAACACGCUAUGGUAAAACCAUUAUUUAAAUCUGGAGAAAGAGAAAAACCCAUCAACUAUCGACCAAUUUCCAUCUUAACAAAUUUUUCUAAAAUAUUCGAAAAAGUGUUAAAAAAACGAUUCACCGAAUUUGCAAAAAAAUAUAACUUAAUAGCGGAACAGCAAUAUGGUUUUCACGAAGGCAAAUCUGCUCAAGAUGCUAUUGUAAAAUUAACAAAUAUAAUAUACACGAAUCUCGAUAUUGGCAAACCAACUGCUUGUGUUUUUGUUGACUUGGCAAAGGCAUUCGACUCUAUUACUCAUGAACAACUUUAGAAAACUUAGGUUUCCGGGGAAUAACAUAUAAACUUAUAGAAAAUUAUUUGUCAAAUCGAACACAGUGCGUCAAAAUUAAUAACACAUUCAGUGAACCCCAUAUUAUAUCAUACGGUGUACCUCAAGGCUCAGUAUUAGGACCCAUUUUAUUUAAUCUAUUUAUCAACGAUUUAUUCAAAAUAAGUAGUACAGGUAAAGUUAUCGGUUUUGCGGAUGAUACAGCUAUUCUCUAUGAAAGCAACCAAUGGCAUACACUAAAAACCACAAUCGAACAUGAUUUCAAAACAUUUAUAAAUUUCUUUUCGGAAAGACAAUUAAUUACAACAAAACACACUAUAAAGCAUUUUCUUGUAACGACAGGCUCUCACCACAAUUUAAAAAACUUGAAGUUCAUACAAGCAGUGGUCUCAAAGAGAUUCAGUCAGCCGAUAAAAUAAAAUACUUAGGCGUGAUUUUGGACAAA